AUGGACACUACUGUGUCUCAAAUGAAAAAUUGUAAAAGAUUAGCUCUCUCAACAAAUUGUAUAGACAGAAUUGGUGGUUUGCAAGGAUUGGUAUCUUUGGAAAUUUUAUCACUGGCUAGAAAUCAAAUCAAGAGAUUGGAAAAUCUUGACGCUGUUGCACCAACUUUGGAACAAUUGUGGUUGUCUUAUAAUAACUUGACAUCGUUAGCUGGUGUUGAAAAAUUGAAGAAACUCAAAGUAUUAUAUUGUGGAAAUAACAAGAUUAGUUCUUGGUCUGAAAUUGACAGACUGAAAGAUCUCCCUGACUUGGAAGAAAUUUUACUGACUGGUAAUCCAUUGGAAAAGAAUACUAAGGAUGCAGGUGAAAAUUGGAGAAUUGAAGUAUUGAGAAGAUUACCAUCGUUAAAGAAACUGGACGGAAGACCAUUUGAUUUGGCAGAAAGAGAACAAGCUGAAGGUGUCAGAAAGGAUAUGGGCGAAUAA